AUGUCCGAGGCGGCAGAGACGGCAGGACAGACGGCAGCUGCCCUGUCCGAGGCGGCAGAGACCCCGAUGAAAUGCGACAAGUGUGCGAAGACCGAUUGCGAGAAGUACACAUUGGUGAACAAGUCCCUCGUCGAGACGCGCAAUCGGAGGCCCAUCUGGCGCUGCUCGCAUUGCAACAACGCGGGCAACCACCUCGCGACCCUCAAGCAGAGCAACCCAGAGUUGUUCGAAGGGUUCGCGGUCAUGACGCGCGAGGCGAAGCAGGAGUUCAUGGCGAGGUGCAAGGGGAUGGCGCUGGCUGACGUGAAGAAGGAGCUCAGCGAGAGGAUCACUUCGACGUCCCACGCCGAGGUGGGUCACGAGUUCUCGGAGGAGCCAGAGGCGAUGUCUGUCAAGGAAGCUGCAGAGCUGCCAGUGUUCAAGCACCAUCCAGAAGGUCUGCAGAAGCUCCUGGACAGCCCAGGGAUGGCGUUCACCUGCCGCCACACAGGCUUUGAGAUGGUGUACGUGCCGAAGUUCAAGAAGAAGUACAGGGAGGAGGUAACCCGCCAGACUACCCACGUCCAGAGCGCGCGGGCGGAGGUCGGCAUCCCGAAGGCCAAGGCGAAGCCGAGCGCAACGCAUCCCAAGGUGGUGUCCAAGGUCAAGGCGCCCCCUGUGCGCCUCAAGGUCAAAGCGGACGGGUUCAUCGGCGAGGCGAGGCAGAAUGCCGAUUUGCUCAUGAGGUUGGUCGUGAAGGCCCGCACCAACGAAGGCAAGGAGUACGUCACGCCGGCGGUCGCUACCAGGGCCGAAGGCGCGGCAGCCGCUGUCGUGGCCCUGUGCGACGCGCUGGAACCCGCGGUGCAGGAGAACGCCUUCGACAAGAAGGAGCACGUGGAGAACUCGCUGCAGAAGUUGAGCGACUCCAUGGACGUGGUCACGGACCACGCGACUAAGCUUGCGGGUUUGCUCGAGGACAUCAUUCCGCUCACGCUGGAGAGCCAGGCUGCGCCAGAGGAGUCGGGCGCAAACGGCGGCAUUGAUGAGUUGCUCGAGAAUGCUUUCGCAGAGGGUGAGGCAGCAGCUUCAGAGAAGGAGGCUGGCUCGGAUGUUGCUUCGGGAAGCGCGUCGGCGGCUGGCGGCAGUGACAAGAAACGCAGGCUCUCCGGCAAGGCGGUUUCGGAGCCCACAGCAGACGAGGAGACGGACAAGGCCGUGCACAGCGGCAAGGGCAAGGGCAAGGGCAAGAACAAGACACGCAAGUCGAAGUGA